AUGUAUCUCGCAGUAUCAGAUCAUGCUUUAAGUGUCGUCCUCUUAGCUGAAAGAGACGGCUGCCAACUCCCAGUCUACUUUAUCAGUCAUGUCUUGAAGAAAGUAGAGUUGAGAUACCCACUGGUGGAGAAAUUUGGACUCGCCCUCUACAUGGCAGUAAAGAAAUUGAAGCCUUAUUUCCUGGCACACCCGGUGGUCAUAUACACGGACCAGCCAAUCAAACGGCCCCUAACGACCCUGGAGUCGUCAGGACGAAUGAUCAAGUGGGCAAUUGAGAUCCAGAGCCUCGAGGUCACGUUUGAGCCAAGAAAAGCUGUGAAGGGGCAAGCCUUCGCUGACUUUAUAGUUGAAAUGACCCGGUCACCAGAUUGUGAGGAAAUUAAUCAACUCUGGAAAGUCUAUGUGGAUGGGAGUUCCACAGCGAAUGGCUGUGGGGCAGGUAUUGUAUGUCAGUCGCCAGAGGGCGACAGGUAUGAAUAUGCGCUUCGCUUCAAGUUUCAGGCUUCAAACAACGAAGCCGAGUAUGAAGCCCUUUUAGCUGGUAUUCGCAUGUGCAAAGCAGCCGGGGCAAAAAAGAUAGCCGUCUGUUCAGAUUCACAACUCAUAGUAAGCCAGUACAAUGGGGAUUAUGAAGCGACUCGUUCGGCUAUGGUUAAGUACCUAGAGGCAGUGAAACAGGCGGCAAACUCGCUUGAAGAUUUCCAGUUGACUCAGGUCCCAAGGUCCGAGAAUAACCAGGCGGACGCCUUGUCCAAACUGGCAUCCUCGGCCUCAUGCGACACCCCUAGAACUGUAUUUUGGGAAGUAUUGGAAAAACGGAGUAUUGAGGAAAACAACAUUGCAAUCCUUGAUAGAAGUUCAACAUGGAUGGAUGUCGUCCGAGCCUACUUAACAGACGACAUUUUGCCGGCUGAUCACUAUCAAGCGGUCCUAGUAAAGAAGCGGGCAUCCAGUUUUGAGAUGCACAAAGGUGAGCUUUUUAAGAAAGGUCGUUUGCAACCUUUUCUGAAAUGUGUUACCCCUGAAAAGGGACGAGAGGUCCUAGAAGACCUACACUCCGGAUACUGCGCCUCUCAUGUAGGCGGUAGUUCGCUUGCUCAGAGAGUGAGGCGGCAAGGGUACUUCUGGCCGACUCUGGAGGCAGACGCCAUGGAUCUGGUUAAAAGGUGUGACAAGUGCCAAGGUUUGGCAAGUUAA